AUGGUGACGGUGCCAGGUGUACCGGCGACCCUUGUGUUAACAGGAUUGUGUGUCGCUCUUCUCAUCACAGGCAUAGCCAUCGUUGUUGCUGUGAGAUCGAUCAUCUGGGACCUUCUGUACCACCAGUGUGGCUUCCUGGAUUUAGGAUGCCUCCUGCGGUGGGAUUGUCCUCAGGCCAACGCUAACACCACCACCUACACCGUCCAAACUAAGACUCAGGGAGAUCCAUGGCAGGACGUGGAGGGGUGUGUGCAGAUCUCUGCCCAGCACUGUGACGUAUCCCAGGCCUUCUCUGACUUUGAACUCUACAACAUGAUCCGCCUGGGCCUCCACCAGGGCCCUGGGAGCCCAGUCUGGACAAAACCACGCAAGUUUGACCCAAGUGAUUUCACCUUUAACAGCCCCUCCAUCUCUGUGUCUCUGUCUCGAGAGAGGCUGGUAGUGGAGGUGCACUUCCCCUGUUCUACCAACAGAGGGUGCUUUCCUCUGCAGAGCUGCUGUCCACUGUCAGAACUGAUUGACCCCUGGGUCACAGUGACUGUAUAUAACCAACAGAACCACUCUGACUACAAGAGGCGUACUGGUUGGGCCCAGGAGGUGGUGUUCAGGGCUGAGUUCUCAGACCUGGUCCCAGGACAGGACUACUGUGCCUUGGCUAACUUCUCCUUUGGACCCCCCACCUUCCCCCUGGCCUCCUCUCCCCCCUCCCACCCACACUGUGUCCACCAGGCUGCCCCAGGACCAGGGUUGCAGCCAGUGUUGUUGGGGAUAGGAGUGUGUGCUGUGCUCUUCUCUGCUCUCCUGGCUCUUUAUCGGCUGAAACAGAAACGAGAUGCACCUCGCAUUAACAGACUCCCCAAGACUCUAGCAACUCUCCAGGCAUCCCUCCAGCACCCCCCGGAGUCCUCUUCAGACCCUGUUGACCCCAGUGACAUCCAUGUGGAGGUUGUGGACGACCACCUCUCCAUCAUUUCUUCCUUGUCCGGCUGUGUCUUCACCAACGCCCAGGCCCCAAGCUUGGGUGACGGGUACAGCAGCAAACCCUUCCCCGGUGACUACAGGUCAGGCAACAUGGACUGGCACACUGGGGGAGACGCUGAGCUGGGCCUGAACUCUGGCAGCACCCUGUCCCUGCAAUGCUCCACUGUGCCUAUAGGGCUACAUAUGAUGCAGUGCAACUUCGGUUCACCUCUACGACCACAUCCAGGGCCCACGGUGCCAACACUACCCUACCUUGAUUCUCUUUCUCUGUCAGAGGCUGGGGAGGGCCAGGGGGUCCCGCUGUGCUCAGUGAGGUUUGGGGGGGCGAGUGAAGGGGGUGAGAACCUGGAGGGACUACAGUGGUGUAACCGGUAGCAUGUUGAACUGCAGUACCCAUAAUGCUAUGUACAACAUAUUCUGAUGCAGUUGAUUUUGGAGGAGAUGAGAUGGGACAGAACUGAACCCAAUGAAAAGUAAUGGCGGUCCUAUGUAGCUCCGCUGUUAAAAAGCAAUGGCACUAUCAAACGGCAGGGUUGUGGAUUAGAUUCUCACCAGAAUCACAUACUAAAAAUGUAUGCACUCACUGUAGUGUAGGUCGCUAUGGAUACAAGUUGAACAUCUGCUGAGUGGCAUUGGUAACCUGGUUCUGCCGUAUAUAGCUGUCGAAGGCGACAUGGCUGGGAACUGAAGCGCCAUGCUCAGUUUGAACAACAACACUGACAACCACAGCUUUGUUUUACACCGUUUGUUUAGUAGGGUUCACAAUAUGGACCACUUCUGUCAUCCGCAGAGCCGGGGUGAUGACAGAUUGAUGAACAAAUCAAUAGGGCCCCUGUUGGAGCGAGCAGAGCCUCUCAUUCACAGGUACAGCUGGGUCUUUGGGAGGGUUUGCUUGAGGGGUGCUGAGAGUAGUGUGUCAAGUGCAAAAACGUUAUUGUCCAUGUUUGUUUAAAAUGUGAAUUUAUCUUUGGCUUAUGGGCAUACAUUUUCAGUUACAGCCGGGGCAGGGGUUGUUCUUUCAGAGGUCUAUGGAGAGCAAUAUUUGUUUCAGGAGAUCCCCUGCCCCCACCCUUCACUGGACUGUGAUAUGGAUAAUGGCGAUUUUAGCAUGUACAUUUUUGUGUGGCAAAAACAAAUGUGGGCAGCAAAGCCACAACACUAAACAAUACCUUAAUUGUACUAUAAUGGUGACAUACGGUGCCGACAAACUGUUAGGGCCGAUAUAAAGCUGUCCCAACACCAGUCACACAACAGCAUCUUACCACUGCUACACCUGGCUAUCAGCAGAGCCUUGUUUGGCAGAGAAACAGUUCAUUCAGCCUCAUUUACUGCCUUUUAAAAAAAAAAUUGCUGACAUGGCUGAAUUGAGAUGUAUGAACUAUGGUAUAAGGGAACAACAAGAGGAUAAGAGGCAAUCUGUAAUUUCGAUUAAGAAAUUAAUGAGCGAGCUAGGACGGACAUAGUCAAUGCAACUAUUUGUUCAGCACUUUUGAAAUGUACAGCAACAGAAUUCGGAACAUGGGCCAUUCUUAGUGUUCUUCCUGUACACCAAGUCAGAACCAUAGGAUAAAUAAAGGGGGCAUAUAAGCAGACAAUGAAAGCUCUUACAAUAUUCAAUGAUGACAUUUCUCAAAAACAGGUUAUAAGAUACAUGUGCACCACCAAAAAAUGUAAAGAUGAAAAUAGACCAAAUUAUUAGGGUGAGGCACAUGGGCUACUAACCGCUUACUACACAACAUGCACUUAGUAUUACUUUCUUAGCUACAGUAUACAUAUCUCCCUGGCAUAUUACAUCAUUUAUGCAGCAGCAUACAAUACAUUUUUGGACUCCCCUUGUUGUGCUGUGUUCACUUGAACAAGAAGGUGGUGGUGCGGGGGUCCUUCGUGGGCAAAUUUUGUCAUCAAAGUCUGGCAUUCUCUGAAUUUAUGGUGCUUUCAAGACAACUGG